AUGUCCGAUCACCAGAAGCGGGGUAGUUCUGAGGAUAGCAAUACUCCGACGAAACAACGACCAGACAGGAACGACGGCGACCCUGCACAGUCUGACCAGGAUACUCAGUCUCUAGCUUCACGCAUUCAAAAAUCAGCCUCUGGGCUCGCGAGAAAUGCUUUCUUCUCCUCUACUCCCUCGGGAGAUACCGCGCAUCUACUCUCAGACAGUGGCAAGGCUGCGCCGUCUUCAUCUUCCUCAGCCUUAGCAGCCGCAGAGCAAUACAAAGACACUACCGGGCCAUCUUCGUCGGCUUCUCGCGAUCACAACGUUCAUGUCCCCGCGGAAACAUUCAGAUCACCGGGCGCGACUCAUUCGGGAGGAUUCGAGCUACCUCGGCUCACGGAGGACGAAUUCCAGAGCACUUAUGGCGGGAAUUUGUCGGACACAAUCGAUCCUCUCGACGAGACAAAAGGGAAAGGCAGAGCUAUAAACUCAGUACCUGGGUCUGGGCUUACAUCCUCGAUUUACCACGAUGGAACCACCGCACCGCCGACUCUAAACCCGUCCGACGGCGACGCUGUAGUCGCAAUUCUGAAUGAUCAAACUUUCGAUCCGGAAUUCCCUCCCUCAGCCAACGAACCUCCAGAAUAUGUCGAGACGGAGCUCUCCCCACUUCAGCUUACCCCAGAGGAGAUGCAAAUGAUUGAGUCGUUCCGACGCCAGUUACCACCCGACUCGCAGUCAACGACUGACACACAGCAGAAGCGACAGCUUAACUCGUUCAGUCUCGUCCCAGAUAUUGGCUCAUUCCUGGAUACGGUUCCUGCUGCGUCGGCGACAGACGCAACUUCGCUGCGAGAUACUGUCUUGGCAAAUCUGCCCGGUGCGGCGGAGUGGAUGUCUGUCGAGGAGGAAUACCACGAUGAAGUUUGGGGUUACUUACGGCCCACGCUGGAGGCUGCUGCUAAGGAGAUUGAGUCAAAGAAAGAUUCUGGCAUUACUGAGGACGGGCCUGCAGUUCGAAGAUUGAAGAUGAUUCUGAAGCAUAUGCAGCAUUGA